CCCCCUUGCUUUACAUAUUUAAAAUUUGAUACUCGAUAGCGGCAGUGUAUAAAUGUACAAUGAACUGAUUAAAUGUGAAUGUGCUCGAAAACGAAACUGGGCGAUAUUGGUGUUGUUGAUUAACUUACAAUAUUCUUGACACAAUGGCGGGGCAGUUGCUGGAUAAGUUUAUGGAUCAGCUGGAGUCUUGCAUUGGCACUGGACCCAAGAUCUUCACCCUGCUGUAUAAAAUAACAAGAGAUGGAUGUAACGCUACAACCUUCCACCAGAAGUGUGACAACCAGGGUCCCACUGUGACGGUACUGUACAACCAACAGGGCUCGGUGUAUGGGGGAUAUGCUAGUGCCAGUUGGCAUAGUAAUGGAGGGUAUAUUCAAGAUGCUAAUUCAUUUCUCUUUCAACUCAAGUAUUCAGGCAGUGACACUUAUAAGAAAUAUCCAGUGACAACUAGUGCUAACAGUCUGAUUGCAAAUCCGUCUUAUGGGCCGAUCUUUGGAGCUGGACAUGACCUUCACACAUUCAAUGGAACGAUCACCCAAACGGGAGGCUACUUUCCGUUAAACGGAGGCAUAGCUUUCUCAACUUUCAACAGCCAAGGGCAAAGUGCCAUUCAAAUCAACAAUGGAUCAAUGCAUGUCACAGAGCUGGAGGUUUACAACGUGUCUGAUGGUCAACGAAACAAUUCUCCGCUGAAGCCAUGGAGAAAAAAUCCCGAAUGGAAUGAAAAGUUCCUCGAAACGCUUACCGAGGACAUCGUAUCAUUCAAACCCUCCGGGGAGUUGGGACUGUCAAAUGUCCGGAUCCUGAUGUUGGGUCCAGUGGGGACGGGCAAGUCCAGCUUCUACAACACCAUCAACUCGGUGUUCAAGGGCCGUAUCUCGCAAAGGGCUCGAUGUGGCAAUUCUACACACAGUAUUACAACCUCUUACACCCCGUAUGUAGUGAAGGCGCGUUCCGGAGCAUCGUUGAAUUUCCGGUUCUGUGACACACGUGGUUUGGAGGUCACUCAAGGUCUUGACAUUCUGGAAUGCAAUUACUUGCUCGAUGGCAACAUUCCAGACUAUUACGAGUUUAACCCAGCUACGCCAAUAUGUCCCGACAAUCCCGGAUUUGUGCACCACCCGAGAGUAUCUGAAAAGAUUCACUGCGUUCUGUUUGUGAUCGACGCUAAAACUAUUGGCGAAAUUCCAGCAAAAUUGGUCGAAAAGAUGAAAAGCUUUCAAAAAAUCAUGAAUCACAAGGGUAUUCCACAAGCAGUGCUCCUCACCAAAGUCGACCUGGACUGUCAGGAUGUUGCCAGUAAAACUUCCAACGUGUUCAUGAGCAAGAAAAUUGAGUCCGCGGUGGACAUGGUGUCCGGUAUUCUCGGGUUGCCUAGAAACAACAUACUUCCGGUGAAGAAUUACGAGAAUGAGAUGCAGCUGGAUGACAACAUCAGCAUUCUUGCGUUACUGGCAGUGCGUCAACUGCUGUACUUUGCAGAGGAUUACAUUGAGAACCUUCAGGAUAAGAUGAGCGCUCGCAAUGUCUCCAGUGAGAAGCCGGACAAAAGGGGAAAUAAAGACAAACGGAGUGACAAAGAGUAAUCGAACUACUUAAACUAUAAACAAGUAUAAAUACCAAACAUUGAAAUAAACUGUUCAUGUGUUACGAAUGACACUUAUUUACGAGUAAUAUUUUUUAAACUGGUAACACAUUUUUGAAGAAACACAUAAAUCUAUGUUACUCCAAACAAAUAGUGGCUUUGAAAAUAGGAUAAAAAACAUACUUUCAUUGGAAUAUGGGCGUAUUAUCUAUUUGCCAUUUACUGUACUUGUAUUCAUAUCCAUAUUCUGUAAUUGUAUUUGUAACUUUUGUCCUUGUUUUGUAUAUACUAAAAUGUAGUGGUCUUGCUUGAAUAUUUGUGCACAUUUUUGAAAUGCAUUAUAUUCGCCGUCAACAUGUAUUCUUUUUUCAUUAAAUUGUCGUAGUAUAGUCUAUAUUAAGUUGUCUCUUUCAUUUAACAUUCGAAAGAAACGUUCAUGCACUCAGUCAUAUAACUUAAGUGCAAUAAUAUAACGUUUUUUAAAGACAUUUGUCCCCCUACCCCCUCAAAACACAAAUUUAACUAUUAUCAUUGAUGAAUAAAUGCGGAUUAUUAAUAAUUUAUGAAUUAAAACAUCUGACAUAUACCUAUGGUAAUUCAAUGAAUUUCCAGCAAGACAACCAUCGGUUGAUGAUGAAAUCCAGGUUUGGUUGAUUGCCUGGUUACAAUAUCAGCAUUACGACAUAAAAUAAUUAUUUUCCACUAACUCGACUGACGCUUAUUUGUGGCAGGGGCACUAUUUUUUUCAUUUAUUCUCGUUGAAUUUUCUACCAUUAAAAAAUCGUAUAUAUUCGCAAAAUUAUUGUUAACAUUUAAAUAAAUAUAUAUGUUAUCAAAUAUGUGAAUAUACUUAUCAAGUGGAACAUAGCUUGAAUGUGGCCGACUUAUUUGUGUAGACGGUAAUACAAACAAAACGUUUAAUCUAAUGUAUACGAUGAUUUAUAAUUAAAUUUAGAUCUAA